AUGAAACAGCUGUUAAACGACGACCGUACCUACGAGAAGGUGAAAAGAGAUCCAACAUCAAGGUUUGAGAAAGAAAACAACAACAUCGUAAAACGACUCAACGAUCUCAACCUCCUAAAACCGAAACAACCAGAACGACUACGAACAUAUACUGCAGUGUGCCCAAAGAUCUACGGCCAGCCGAAGGCCCACAAGGAGGGACUCCCAUUGAGGCCUGUUGUACCAUGUAUGACGUCACCAACCUAUGAGCUCUCGAAAUACAUUGGCAACGUAAUCCGGCAAUCGAUAGACAGCAAGUACAACAUUCGUAACUCGUUCGAGUUUUGUAGGUACGUAAACACACUCACACUACCAAACAGCCACAUACUGGUAUCGUUCGACGUCGUAGCGCUGUUCACGUCUAUACCACUAGAACUCGUCACGAAGAGCGUUAUCAAGCGAUGGAACAAGAUCAAAGAGCACACACCAAUUUGUUUGGACAUGUUCUGUGAGAUCGUAGAGUUUUGCGUCAACCGUAGCUAUUUUUCUUUCAACGGAGAAUACUACAUCCAAAAGUUUGGAACGGCUAUGGGCAACCCGCUAUCAUCGCCGAUUGCUGACCUCGUAACCGAGGAGUUGAUUGAUCAUGCCCUCGAAGCUGUUAAUUUUCCAAUCCCUCACAUCAAAAAGUAUGUUGACGACAUGUUUCUGUCACUCCCAGCUGAUAAAAUCGACUACGUGAAAGAAGUUUUCAACAGUCAGGACAACAACAUUCAGUUCACGGUCGAAGUUGAGCAAAACCGACGGCUCCCAUUCUUAGACAUGACUCUGGUUAGGCAAGAAGACCAAACUGUCCGCACAGAAUGGUACAUGAAGCCGAUCGCGUCGGGAAGGUUCCUCAACUACCACUCGCACCACCCCCCACACCACAAGUUGAACGUCGCGUUCAAUUUCGCAAAGCGGGUAAAGAUGUUGUCAACAAACUUGGAUCACAACACCGCUGCAAACAUCAUCCGCAAGCACCUGCUGAUCAACGACUACCCAAAGUCGUUAAUAAACCGCGUCAUUUCCAGAACACCACAAAAUCAGCUGUUUGAGGAGGUAAACAACAACACAGUGAUAGACAAUAGUGAGAACGAUACAGCUAUGGACGCAAGUACGAAUAACACACCAAUAUUCUACUCGCUCACCAAUAUUUAUGGUCUCACCCAGAAAAUAACAAAAACACUUCACAAGGAAUACCCAAACAUACAAAUAGCCAUCAAAAACACAAAAACAGUAGCUUCCCUCCUACCACUGGUGAAAGACAAAACACCAAUACAAGAACAAUCCAACGUUGUGUACGCUAUACCAUGCAACGAUUGUGAUGCCUGCUAUAUUGGGAUUACAACAACAAAACUGAAAACAAGAAUGUCUGGACACAAAUCAAAUGUAAAACAACUACAAGAACUGAAAGCGAAGGGAUACACAAACACAGACGCAGAGAUCAGCUGGGCAAAAGAGAAGUCGGCGUUGACGAGUCACGUAGCAGCUAUGGACCACUCGUUCGGGAUCGACUCCGUACGAAUUGUAGAUCGGUCAAUGAAGGGGGCCAAUCUACCGAUCCUGGAGAGUUGCCACAUUAAAAACACACAACAUACUGUCAACAAGCGGACAGACACGGAUAAUCUGCAUGCUGCAUAUGCCGGGAUUUUGAACGAGAUUAAGAACAUAUACACAAGGAAGAAAAACCAAAACAAAAUAAAUAAAAACAAUAACAGUAGGGACAACACACACACUAACACAUAAUGCCAACACCUUAACACACUCACACACUAGAAUGAGUUUUAUUGCCAUAGUUUGCGCGCCAAUGGUAGAAAGUGUGUCGAAUUUAUCCGUGCCCCAAAAAUUCUCGCGUUUCGUGUUGAAACGAACCCGUAUGACGAGCGAAUACCGGAUAGCGGCCAGUUUCGCUGAAACAUUACCCCGCUACCAGACAGUUCUGUGCUUGACGGAGCAUCCCCUAACGACAAACACUCCCAUUUCGGUAAGCCUAGCAUAAGUGUACAUUUUUUAUGUUUUUGUGCCUUACCCAAUAAAUCUACCCCUAGAUUCCUUGAAAAAGGCCCAAAACGGGUCGAAACGUCGGAUGAAGAGAACAUACAAGUGUUUUGAUUCCCCAAACAGACCGAAAGCCAAAACCUAACCUAAAAAUUUAUUGAUACGGUCGAAUAAACAGCAGUAUUUUUAUUUUAUUUUGAUUGAAUUCUGAUUCUGACAUGCGGUACUCUAUAUACAUGCUUUAAUUUUUAAGUAGUGUAUCUUUUUAUCCACACAUUUUCUUUUUUCUUAAUUUUCAGUUUAUUUUUCUUUUUUUUUAUUAGUAAAAAUUGUGUAAAUUUCGAAUAUUUAAAAAUACACUCCAUUUUGACUGAAAAGGGGCAUUGUAACGGAUUAUUGGUAAAUUUACGCAUUUUAACAUUUACAUGACAACGAAAUAUUGGUAAAUACAGUCCAGACUCGAUUAUCCAAAGCUUCGAUUAUCCAAAGUUUUGAUUAUCCGAAGGUUUGUAUGGGACUUCCGAUAUUCGAAUCAUGACAAAAAAAAAAUGUUUCGUAUUAUUUCAGUUUCUUACUUUUGAACAUAAAAUUCGAGUUCUGCGACCCCAUAUUAGUUAGAUUUGAAUAGUUGAUUGCCUAUUAAAUAACAAAAUGAUUUGUUUUUCAAUAUUAUUCACCGCCUUUUUGGCCGCCAUGUUGGAU